GUUAAUGGGAGCCACGGAUGGAUUGUGAAGGUGUGGGAUAAUUACCACUCCAGGAAGGAAUAAUGCUGAUCUUCUUUUAAUGAAGAUAACCGAACCGGAGUACAACUGGAUAGUUUACGUGCUCUAACGCCGAUGCAGACGAACUUUACAUGUCCACACCAGAGUCAGCGAGCAUCCAGAACUAAAACAAAAACAUUCCCCCAGAACACACAACCGCUGCAUGCAGAAUUCCGUUAAUGAAUGCUGCAUAACAUCUGAAGCCAAUGAAACUGGAUAGUGGGAAACGAAGAGAUGUCAAAAUAAAUCAAACAUCUAUGUCCACAAAUAUGCUAACAGAAAAAUGGAUUUCUUUAAGCUCAAAAGUGAAUUUGCCUGUGGAAAACGUCAAAUGACUGAGCUGCAGGUCCAACAAACAACAGCACAUUGGCCAAAUGUUCAGGAGAUGAUGCCCUUCUGGCUUGAAAAAGCCAUCGCAUGGGGCCAAACUGACACUCCAGACACACGGAAAGACAUCUCCCUGCACUUGAAGAGACUGAGGGAUUUCUUCCAGGAGCUUCUCACAGAAAUCAGCAGUGUGAGCUCCACAACAGAAACCUUGAAUAGGCUUCCCUUAUUAGGUCAGCUUUUAGGCCGGCUGUGCUGGAACCCUCAUGUCACUGCAGAAGGUGCAAGUAGAGGACUUCUCCUCCAGUGUUUGUUGGCUCUGUAUUCUGAGCAUCCAAGCAAUGCAGUGGAAGGAAAAGCCAACCAGUGGAUACAGAAAGUCCUGUGUCAGCUGGCUACGGACGAAGAAGAUGGUGCAGCCGUGGCACUGAUGAAGCAUUUAGCAGUGCCAACCAAAGAAUACCAUCUUAAAGUGCUGAAAAAGAUGGUGACAAGAAUACAGGAAAGCAUUGGGAAUAGUCGGUGUUCUGUGAGCAGCACAAAUAAGGGGUGUUCAUGUAGCAGUGUUUGGGCUGCGUCAGAGGCUUGUGUGCCUCUCAUCACAUGUCCUGAAGCGUCUCCUCUUAUUGGUGCUUUGCUGCAGCAGCAGAUGACUUGCAUCAGAGAAGGUCUGAGUGAAAACUUCCUUGAUGCUCUACACUCUGCCUACUCCAGAUGCGACCUGCUACUGGACGAGCAGGCAGUUGUUUCUCUGUGGUAUCAGAGCUUACCCAGCCUGGAGGAAGCUGUGCUCAAUCUGUUGGUGUCUGCUACUGCAGCAGGAUCAACACCAAGCAAGGUGGAGGAGCAAGUGUCCAAGUCGUUAUUGCCUAAAGCUUGUGCUCAGCAUUGUUCAGUAUUCCUGGUUGUAAAUGACAUCUUCAGAACUGUUCUUAAACAGACUGAAAGGAAUGAGCGUGUUAAGAAUGUUUUUCAAGCAUUUACCAAAUGCUUCUUCAUGGAGCUUUCACGGUUGCAGCCUCAGCCAUCUGCAUCUUUAAAAGCCUUCUUCCCACAGUCCCCUCCAAGUCUUCUGAUUCCUCUCUUUACCAUGCCUUCAGAGAUGCCUCAGGAGAGUUUGAAAAACCACCUGAUGUGGGUCAGCAGCUCAUUACAGAGGCUGACUGAGGAGGACGAAGACGAGGAAGACUCAGAUAGUAGCAACAUCAGAGGGAACCAUAAAGUGUUUGAGGCGUGGUUCCUGCUGGUUCAGUGUGCCUACUGGGUGCAGGUGGCGGUCCAGCUGCUAGUCACAUCAGGUCCCGAAAACUGUGGUCCCCUCCUCUGGUUACUGACCUUUUAUCAUCAUCCCACCAACAGGUGGCACCACAGAGCUUCACAGCUGGUCCAAGCCAAAGCAGCGUGGGACCACCUGUACAGUCUUUUCUCCAUUGUAGCUCGUCCUCUGUCUGCUGACCACCUGCAGUCUUUUAUCAGUCUGCUGGCACCGAAACCUCAGCAGCCGUCACUUGCCCCGUCGUUGACCCUUAAUCUUUUGGUUAACUUUGCUACUUUUGGUCAACUUCCACAGAGUACAUCAGCAGAGAUUACACAGAAGGUGGUGCAUCAGUCUGGUCUGCAGGAUGAAGCAGCACGUGUUCUCAGCUUGCUGCGUCUCAGACUGAAUGACCGAGGCAGCUUUGCAAGCGACAGAGUUCAUCUCAGGAUCGAGGAACUUCACAACACAAUAAAAAAAACACAAAUGUAAGCCAGAUGCACUCUCACAAACUGACACAUAGCUGUGUUGUCCUACGUUGGCGGGAGGCUGUUGAAAACAACACAGUGAGGACAGAUAACAGGACAUGUGGAGGACACAGUUAUAAACACACACGUAAGGCAGUUACAUGUCCCACAAGCACUGCUGAGCAGCAAUAGAUGCCCGAGUUAGGAAGCAUCUGCGUGUAUGUGUCAGAGUCCGCCCGCUCACUAAAUUUCUACAAUAUAUGUCUCAUCAAACUGCACAGGCUGAACGCAGGACAACAGUAAGAAAUACCCAACAGUACCAGUGAUUGUGCUUUACCUGUGCAAACCUACUGUGCAUGGAGAGUAGAUUAUUGUAUGUUAUAAACUGUAAAUAGUUCUGUUCAUUUGUGUAUUUCUUUGUAAUUGGGAAGAAUCACAUUUACUAUAACAAACUCACAAAUGUAAAUGCAUAUAUUCUUAAUAUUUCAGAUUUCUAUGAAGAAUGUAGACAUUUCCUUGAUGUCUAGUUUUAAUUUGUAAAUUUACAGUGAAAUUGUAUUUAUUUACCCAUGAAAAAAGAAAAGAUAAAAAUCUAUCUACUUUCCUGUAUGUGUUCAGACAAGAGAUGCAUUUAUGUCAUAGCACAGGAUUUCAACUAUUUUGUCUGAUUCAUUUGUAAAUAUGGUUUGUAGCUCAUUCACUUCAGAAAAUUUGUGUUGAAUCUUAGAGCAUUUUCCGAACUGAGUUAUUGACAAAAAUAGAUUUUCCUAUGGUACUGUGAUUUGUAUCAAUGUGGCAGUCGAAAGAGAAACACUGACUUGCUUUGUUCUCUUACAGGAUAAACGUAUAUUUAAUUUUCACUCAUGCCAGAUUUAGAAUUUAGUUGCUUCUGUUUGCUUUCAUUAUUUGUUGUUUAAAAGAUGCAAUCUUUCAAAGCAGCUUGUGUUGCAUCUGUCUGGACUAGAUGGAAACUUUGCCACAAGGAGCAGGUGUUGCCUAGUUAUGCACUAUUUUAAUUUUUAUUUUCAAGUUGUCCCACAAAUUUGAAUGAAAUUUUAUAAGUAGAUUCCUGCAACUUUAAAAACAAAAACAGCACUGCAUUUCUUACAUUAGACUUAACCAAGUUUACUUCUGAUAUUUUGAACCUUCUUGGCUAAAGAUUUUUAAAUUUGGUUUAUACUGGUUUUGUCAUGUUCUCAUUAAUAGAUUCCUGUGUGAUAUAAAAAAAAACCUAAAACAUUGGGAUAAAGGAAUUUGAGUUUAGGAUAAACAGAAAACACAAGAAGCAACUCAUUUAUUUUUGUGUAAAUGUUUAUUUACUAUAAAAAUAUUAUUUUUCUAAAAUGUAUUAAACCAACACAGAAAAAUGC